AGGGCUGACGAGCAAGAGAAGCUCAACACCAACGGCACCGUCAUCCAAAACGGAGCGAACAUCACGGCAGAGCUGAACAUCGAUUUCUACCUGGGUGUUUACGGAGGUUUGACUGCGGCCACCAUCGUUUUUGGCUUCAUCAGGAAUAUCGCUCUGUUCCACGUGCUGGUGAGGUCUGCACAGGCUCUGCACAACUGCAUGUUCAACUCCAUACUCCGAACACACGUGCGCUUUUUCGACAUCAACCCGAUCGGAAGAGUCUUAAACAGAUUUUCAAAGGACAUUGGCCAGCUGGACUCUAACAUGCCGUGGACGUUUGUGGACUUCAUCCAGGUGUUCCUGCAGAUCCUCUCUGUGAUCGCGGUGGCCGUGUCCGUGAUCCCCUGGAUCCUCAUCCCCGUACUCCCCCUCCUCCUCGUCUUCCUUUACCUGCGUCGCUACUUCCUGCAGACCUCCAGAGACAUCAAACGCCUCGAGUCCACCACCCGGAGUCCAGUGUUCUCCCACCUGUCGUCGUCUCUUCAGGGCCUGUGGACGAUCCGAGCCUUCGGAGCAGAGGAGAGGUUCCAGAAAGUUUUUGACGCCCAUCAGGACCUGCACUCGGAGGCCUGGUUCCUGUUCCUGACCACCUCUCGCUGGUUCGCCGUGCGUCUGGAUGGCAUCUGCUCCAUAUUUGUGACGGUUGUCACCUUUGGCUGCCUGCUGCUGAGAAACCAGAUGGACGCUGGCUCUGUGGGUCUGGCUCUGAGCUACUCUGUCACACUGAUGGGAAUGUUCCAGUGGGGCGUCAGGCAGAGCGCAGAGGUGGAGAACAUGAUGACGUCAGUGGAGAGAGUAGUGGAGUACACGGAGCUGGAGAGCGAAGCACCGUGGGAAACCCAGAAGCGUCCUCCUCCCGAUUGGCCCAGCAAAGGCCUGGUGACCUUCGACAGGGUCAGCUUCUCCUACAGCAGCGACGGACCGCUGGUGCUGCACAACCUGAAGGCCAUGUUCCGACCCAAAGAGAAGGUAGAACAGGUGCCAGGAAAAGCUCUCUGGUCUCCGCUCUUUUCCACCUGGCCGAGCCGCAGGGGAAGAUCUACAUCGACGGUGUGUCGACGUCCGAGAUCGGCCUCCACGACCUGCGCCAGAAGAUGUCCAUCAUCCCUCAG